AUGCAGUGCAGAGUAUGCAACGAAAAUGCAGUGCAAUUAGAAUACACACUUGCGACUUUCCGGUACCGGGAAAGGGUCAGUCAUAAAUAUCAUCUUGCGGAAGGCAGACUGCGCGACUGGACCGAACGGCAAGGAACCGGGGCUGCUGGUCUGCUCGCCCCGUCGAUGAAGAGAAUAUCGCUUCUCUAUUCUGGUGGGUGCAUCAUCCGCCAGAUAUUCGAGGCGAAAAACGAGAUAAGGCGCGUCGAAAUGGCCGAUAAAACGGGGAAUAUAAUUAGCGCUCAGGUGUCGACUGUUGAACGUACGUGUUACUGUCCUCGAGGUCGGCCUCGCUUUCCUAUAACGCGGUGGCUCAUCGUCAAGGCUUAUUGCCACAGUUCGGCAUGGCAUCUCCUCGCCGACUGCCAACCGGCCUCCAGGAGGGAACAUUUAUGGGUGAUGUCGACGAGGAAGGGUGCGGCGUCAAGAUACACAAGAUCUAAAUGUCCCGGAAAAAAUACUAAGGGAUUUAAGGAGAGGCAAAAUACCCUGAUUUCUUAUGCUGUUGAACGUUUCAAAUUCUGGAGGUAAAAAUUGAAGGGCAACAAAUGCGCA